AUGACCGUGCUACGGAGAUCCUGCCAAGCUUGCGCAAGAGCAAGACGGCGAUGUAAUCUCGCAGCUCCCUGUGAACGAUGCUGCACCAAGCGUAUCACCUGCCGCUAUGUCAAUGAGCCUGCCCCUGCAACUCUCAGCAGCAGUCCUGUCAAGGCCGUCAAAAGACUUCCAAAACUCAAAGGUCCUCAGAAUAUCCAGAGUUUGUCGAGACUAGUCAUCGGUGGGACCUUGGAUACACACUUGCAGAUGUUUAUCAGGGGAGUGCUCCGUGAUGGGCUGUACCAGGGUUCUCGACCUCCUCUUACACAGUCAGACGCAUCAUGCCUGCAGGAUCUGAGCAUCACGCACAAGUCCUUCGACUCUGGUAUUCAAAUUUUCAACCCGCUGCGUCUUGAGAUCGUUCGCGUAUUCAACCAGUCAACUCUCCACCGCCUGAUAAAUAUCCUGCGCAGCUUCCCAGUCGAGUUUGCUGAACGUGGCACCACCCCCUUCAUCCACCCAGGAAUCUACGGCGCAAACCUACCAUCUCCACUCCAAGAUAUACGCGAUAUCUGCUAUAGCUACAGUGUCGGUGGACAGUAUCUUGCUAGCAAUAGACUGGAUGCUCUUCGGUUCACCAUCCGACGUUUACUGCGCUCCUCAAAACGCGCCAGCUCAUUCCCCGAAACUCUAGCUCAUGCGCAGGCUAUCAGCCUCGCCCAUGUCAUUCGCCUCCUCGAAUGUGAUUUUUGCGAUGAUGAUGCAGAGCGCGACAAUGAAGAGAUGUGGGCGCUUACGCAUAGGCUGUGGCAGCAUGCCCCAAUCCAACUAUCAAGAACAUUGAGUCCCUGGCAGGCAUGGCUAUUCUCCGAGAAUGUUCGUCGGACCAUUGUGGUGUGUAAUAUCCUUCUUGUGGUGUAUACUUCGUUGAAGAGGGGUUAUGCGAUGCACGCAUUGUGUAUCGAGGCUUUGCCGUUUGAUGUACGUACUCAGUUGUGGGAUGCGGAUAGUGAGGAAUCGUGGGUAGCUGCGGUUUCAGACGCCACGAGUCCAGCGUUGGUGACACUGAGUCAAUUUACAAUUCUGAAACAGUUUACUGAUGGUGGUUCGAGAUUCGAGGAUCUUUUACUAUCAUUUGGGAAGUAA